CCCACAUCAGGUACACACACACACACAGAGGCCAAUGAAGGUUGUCAGUGGCAGUAUUAGUCAUUGAGGUUAGUAAUGUGGCACACCACAACUGCAGCUUGUUGCAUUCCCUCCUUUUAUGAUAGAACUGUCACAUUCGAUAGCGUGUUGAGUCUGAAGGAGAAACAAGAGGCCUAGAAUUAAUCCCUGCACCUGCAGACCUGCAGACCUGCACAUCUGAAACGACAGGAGACAGGAGAGCACUUCCCUCUCGCACCUGCAACACUGUCUUUACCUGGACAGGAGACAAUGGCCAGUCCAGUUCAGAUCCAGACAGAUAACCCCAUUCUUCAGACGCCACGUCCAGGUUUUGCAGAUACCUUGCUGGCUCUUUUUAAGAGAGAAGAUGGCAUAGUGCAGACCACGGAGCUGGUCGACCACAAACCCCGUCUAGAUGGCUCGGACCGUGGACAUUCUGGACUCUAUCUGUCCUGCUUCGACAUGCCCUUCACUGAGGAUGCCGCCUGGCUGGUGAGGGUGUCGGAUUCCUCCACAUCCGUGGGGGCUGCCGGGCCCCGACUGGAAUCGUGUCAGGAACCAGAGCAGUGUCCUGUCAUUGACAGCCCCGGGCUGGGAACCUCGCCGCUGUCGCCUACCCUGGAACAACAGGUGGAGGAGAGAUCUUUGGAGCAGGUACAAAGUCUGGUGGUGGGAGAAGUUCUGAAGGACAUUGAAACAGCUUGUAAACUUCUAAACAUCACACCAGACCCAGUGGAGUGGAAUUGUGGGAAUGUACAGAAGUGGUUACUAUGGACUGAGCAUCUUUACAGGCUUCCGCAGGUGGGCAAGGCCUUCCAAGACCUGGAUGGGAAAGAUUUAUGUUCCAUGAGUGAGGAAGACUUCCGACAGCGGUCGCCACAGUGCAGUGAAACCUUACAUGCACAUCUGGAUAUAUGGAAAUCAGCUGCCUGGAUGAAGGAAAGGUGUUCAGUUGGAGAGAGCAGGAUAAGAGAACCAGAGGAAAUUUGGUCAGAGGCAGAUUCAUCAUGCUCUGGUCAGCCGAUCCACCUGUGGCAGUUCCUUAGAGAACUCCUCCUGAAACCUCACAGUUAUGGACGCUGCAUCCGCUGGCUAAACAAAGAGAAAGGGAUUUUCAAAAUUGAAGAUUCGGCUCACGUUGCACGUCUCUGGGGUUUGAGGAAGAACCGGCCAGCUAUGAACUAUGACAAACUCAGCCGCUCCAUUCGGCAGUACUAUAAAAAGGGCAUUAUACGCAAGCCAGAUGUCUCUCAAAGACUCGUCUAUCAGUUUGUGUAUCCUGUUUAAAGAGAUAAUGGUUUGAUCCUCCAAAUCAGAAGAUGGGCUCAAACUUUAUGAACUGAUGAGCCCUCCUAAACAUUUCUAUCUACUUUGGAUCCUGAGUUUUGCACAACAGCGAAACCAAGAAAAAUGUCCCAAGAUUUUAAUUAUUUUCUAUACAUAACAUGUAAAUGUGCUUGAAAAUGUCAAAUGAAUUGUUUCUUAUACUUGCACUGCUAUAAAAACACUUGUGUUCCACUUCAACACUGACAAAUGGACCUGGAUUCCAUUAAAAAUGGUAUCAGUUAUGGCACUUUUACUUUCUGUUACUUCAAAAGCCUGUCAACUGCACCACGAGUCAAAAUUGUGGACAUGCCUUACAGCCUACAUUUUUCGCAAGAUCUUAAAAAUGUUUUGAUCUAAAGGCUAAUGCUUAAAUGGCGAAACCAGUUUUGUAGACAAAUUUAAGUUGUGUCUAUGUAUGUACUUCAUUAUGAAGCACCUAGGCCUGCCAAUCAUAUCCAAGGACAUAUAAGUGGCUACUUCCCUCAUGCUGGUUUCUUUCGGCCUUCCACCUCCCCAACUCCAUUUUUAUGUUUCAUAAUGCAUAUACUAUCUAUUAUUUGUUUUAAUUGUCUUUCUAUUUCUGGCUAGAUGGUCCUUCGGGGGGGGGGCAGGGGCUUUCGUGCCCCUUCGUUAAAGACGGCACGCCAAUAAGUUUAUAUUAAUAUGCUCCAGGACUAUAUGAACCAGUGAACUCAUGAAACAAGUGACCAGCAUGCAUGUGAACUCCUUCAACUGUUUAAAAAUAUGCUGAAAUAUACAAUAGUUUUGAUUUGCUUAACAUAUUUUUGGUCACUAUAUAAUUCCCAUACUUCCAUUUGUGUUAUUUCAUAGUUUUGAAGUCUUUACUAAUAGUCUAAAAUGUGGAAAUUAGUAAUAAUAAAGACUGAGUGGGUGUGUCCAGACUUUUGACUGAUAGUGUAAAUUGUUUAACAAGGUUAAAAAUAAGAGCGAGUCAGUAAACUCUUUAAAGCAUGUUACAAAGAAAAAAGCCAAAACUCGCAAGAUCUGCCUGUCAACUUACACUUUAACCCAUAAAAACUAACUUACACUAAUAAGGUGUAAGCAUUUCUUUGUGGACUCAAGCACCUUUAUGUACAUUAAGAUGAGUGUACAUUGUUCUAAGCCAGCUUUCAUAUUCACAUCACCGUGUGAAUACUGCCAGCAUGUGUAGUGGAAAGGAUGCCAGUUUGGUUUAAUCUCUGGCUUGCACUCAACAAACAUCACUUUUUUUUUCCUGGUUUGUGACUAAUAGCACUGCAAACCUUUCAUGUGGACUUACAAAGGACAGUUACUUCAGUUCACCUGACUCAUAAAUUAUCGUCCACCGUUUCACACACCUCACUGCUCACGUCAUGUUUUAUGCUACUGAUGCAAAAGAGGGCUUACCGGCGGCCCAUGGAUUUUGUUAUAAUAGUUGUAUAUGUCACUUAUGUUGUGAAGGUUGACACAGGUUUAUGUAAGAUACCAGUCAGAAAGGCUUGUAUUAUUGAAAUCUCAAUUGUAAACUCUAAUCUAGAAGAGUGGUCGUGAGUUUGCAUUGGAACAAUCGUUCCAAUAACAACAAAAACAACCAUUUCACUUUAACGUUGGCAUUACUAAAUAUUAUUCAUACUUUUGCAGCUUUAUGUACAUUAUGG